AGCUGUAUUGAACGGACAUCUGUGUCUGGCUUUGUUACUCUUUCAUCGCUCUCAUUUUCCAGUGUUUCUUUAAUUAAAACCCUAAGCCGUUUUCUGCUUGCUUAUUUUUCCUGCUGAAUUAAAAACCUUGCUUCAUUGUUUGUGUUUAGUCUCAGUAAAUUUUGGGAUUUACAGUGGUCAGGGCAUAUGAUCCUGCUGCGAUUAAAUUUAGACGACUUGAUGCACUUAUCAGUUUAAAGCAGAGUUUGUGCACAUACUUCCACGUCAGAGCACUUUAGAGGAAGUUCGAAAUACAAGAGAGUGAUGGGAGGCUCGGAUGGGUCAGUUUCUCAGAAAGAAUGGAUGGCCUCAGAGAAUUGGGCAAACGGUGACGAGUUAGAGCUGGUUAAUGACGAUGGGUUCGUCUACAAGCGUCGGAAAAGGUCUCAACUUGACCCGACUGUUACCGCUGCUCCGAAGCUACCAGAUCCAGCGGUUGAGAAGAAGAAUCGCCUGGAAAGGAAAAAAAGGGCGUUGCUGAAAAUAAAAGAGAAAUAUGAAAAAGAGAUCCAACAGUGGGAACUUCUAUCAAACACCCUGAAGGCAAUGCAGCAAAAUGCAGAAACUCAACAACAGGAAACCGCCACAAAUUCGCCUGACCCGCCGGCCACGUCAUCUGAUCCGACUUGCCUGCCACUUGUUGAUCAGCUCCUUAUUCAGGUUGAAGCACAGGAGGCAGUAAUUGGCAACAUAUCUAAACUGUGUGACAUUGUGGAAGCCUUCUGUGAUGCGCAAGAAGAAAAGAAGAAACAGUCCGUGUUGGACCUCCCAAUUUGGGCACACACACCUAGUGACCUCAUUUCUUCAUUAUGUGAAGAUUGAGUGAGUGUCUGUAAGCUUGUGGAAAGCAAAAAAAGAUGUCACUGUAAAUUCAAUUGUUCCCAUAGGGUUAGUUGUUCAUUUAGGAGGCAGGCUUUACAGUAAGUUGCUACUGGUGAAGUCUCUUUGGAGUAGUAUGAUAGCUUCAUUUUAGUUAUUGCUUAAAACCUAACAUGAUUCAAGUUACGCUAUAUUCUAUUUGAGAAUGAUUGUAAUUACAAACGACCAAGUCUGUUCAGUUUGUUGCGUAAGCAUUGAAAGAAAGAUUGCAAUGUUC